AUGGAGCGGAUGUCUGAGGAGGCGCUGAGGCUCAACCUGCUGAAGCGAGGUCUGGAGUCGCCCAGCGAGAGAGAGGAGGCGCUCGCCAAACGCCUGAAGAUGGAGGGCCACGAGGCCAUGGAGCGCCUCAAGAUGCUGGCCCUGCUCAAACGCAAAGACCUGGCCGACCUGGCGGCUCUGGACGUGGCGGGGCCCCUGGGGGACGGGAAGGGCCCCGGAGCCAGCUCCCUCCACCACCAGAGCCUCAUGGGGGCCGCGUACGAGGAGAAGAUGAAUGGUAGUCUGAGGCUGGGGGGCCACGGCGGCCAUGUUGGACCCAGUAAGAACGGCAAGGAGAACAUGAUGGACGAGCCGGUGGACAUGAGCGCCGGGAGGAGAUGUGAAACAGACCACGACAGACGGACUCCGUCUCCAGACGUCAUCAUCCUGUCAGACAACGAGGCGUCCAGUCCCAGGACGACACCUCGACCUGAGGAGCGCCUCCACCAGGCCAACCUGGACAUGUUCAAGGGGAAGACAGGCGAGGAGCGGCAGCAGAUGAUCAAAGCUCUGAGGGAGGAGCUGCGUCUGGAGGAGGCUCGUCUGGUUCUCCUCAAGAAGCUGCGACAGAGUCAGAUGCAGAAGGAGAACGUGGUGCAGAAGGUCCCGGUGGUCCAGAACGCGGCGUCCUCCGUGCAGCCCCCUCCCCUCCACAGCUCUGCUGGUCUGGGGAAGCUUCCUGUGAGGCCGGGCAUGCACAACCCAGAGCCCCAGAACCUCCGCAACGCACAGGGUCACACAGUCAUCAGGUCAGCAGCCAACGCCAACCUGCCGCCCAUGCUGAUGUCACAGCGAGUGAUCGCCCCAAACCCCGCCCAGCUGCAGGGCCAGAGGAUGUCCUCCAAACCCGGGAUGUCCCGCUCCAGUAUGGGCAACACCGUCAGCUACCAGCAGGCCAGCCAGCAGGUGGCAGCCUCUCAGCGCUCAGGCUCCAGUGCCAUGUACAUGAACCUGGCCCACAUGCAGGCAGCUGCAGCAGCAGGCGGGGUAGGCGGCGGACUGGGCGGAGCCUCAGCCGUCAGCCCGUCCAACAUGUCGGGCUCUGCAAGCGGAGGCGUGAGCUCGAUGGCCGACCAGGCGAGCAGCCAGGCAGCCGCCAAGCUGGCCCUGAGGAAGCAGCUGGAGAAGACCCUGCUGGAGAUCCCUCCACCCAAACCCCCCGCCCCCCUACUCCACUUCCUGCCCUCCGCCGCCAACAGCGAGUUCAUCUACAUGGUGGGCCUGGAGGAGGUGGUGCAGAGCGUGCUCGACAGUCAGGGUAAACUCAGAGGGACGCUGGCCCGCAUGGAGCCGUUCUUCUGCGCCCAAUGCAGAACCGACUUCACACCCCACUGGAAGCAGGAGAAGAGUGGGCGGAUCCUCUGCGAGCAGUGCAUGACGUCCAAUCAGAAGAAGGCUCUGAAGGCGGAACACACCAACCGGCUGAAGAACGCCUUCGUCAAGGCUCUGCAGCAGGAGCAGGAGAUCGAGCAGAGGCUGCAGCAGCAGGCGGCCCUCUCCCCGAGCUCGGCCGCCACCGGCCCCAACGCCUCCAAGACUGAUUCCAUGAUCCGACAUCAUGCCCUCCGCCAGGCCCCGCAGCCUCAGGCGUCCAUGCAGCGAGGUCUGUCUAACUCUGCGCGGGGCGUCCUGUCUAACUUCGCCCAGGCCUCCCAGCUGUCGGUGGCCAGCAGCCUGAUGGGGAUGACCAGCGCUAAGCACUGCGGCAGCGGAGGAAGCGGCAGCAGCAACAGAAUGCAGCACGACAGCCGCCGCCAGAUCUACAACAUCCCAGGGUUAAAUAUCGCCUACCUGAACCCGGCGGCGGUCGGCGCCCAUAAGGGCUCCAGCUUAGCGGACCGGCAGAGAGAGUACCUGUUGGACAUGAUCCCGCCACGAUCCAUAUCGCAGUCCAUCACCGGACAGAAAUGAGCCCCGCCCACCUGCCCCUCCUGAAGCCCCACCCCCUGUUCUCUCCUCCUACCCCCAAACUGAAGCACUCCC